AUGGCUAAUGUCGAUACUUCACUGCCUCCAGAGCCCACAGGCGCAGCUGCCGACUUCGCUGCUCGGCAUGCAGAGGAACACCCACUGAAGCUCUACGGCGGCUGGUUCUGUCCCUUUGUUCAACGAAGCUGGAUUACCAUACAUGAGAAGAAGAUUCCUCACCAAUAUGUUGAGAUCAAUCCUUACAAGAAAGAGCCCCACUUCUUGGCUUUGAACCCUCGUGGACUGGUUCCCACACUCGCAGUUCCUGUUGACGCACAGGGCAAGGAGCAGAAGGCUUUGUUUGAGAGCAACAUUAUAUGCGAGUAUCUCGAUGAGGCUUUCACUGAUGAGUCCAGGUAUGGACCUCGUCUACUUCCUACCGAGUCAUAUGAGCGGGCUCGAUGUCGUAUCUGGAUCGACCACAUCAGUACGCGAAUCAUUCCUGCAUGGUACAAGCUUAUGCAGCACACUCCAGAUAAGCCCUUCAGUCUGGAUGAUGCGAGAGAAGAAUUGAGAGGUCGCAUCAAGGCUUUGGUAGAGGAGAUGGAUCCUGAAGGCCCAUGGUUUCUCGGAUCGACAUUGAGUCUUGUGGAUAUUUGCCUGGCGCCUUGGGCAAAACGCCUAUUUCUGAUCGAUCAUUACAAGGAAGGUGGUCACGGUAUUCCUAUCUCUGGAGAGGGUAAAGAUGGCGAUGUUUGGAAGAGGUGGAAUAAGUGGUAUGAUGCGAUUCUGGAUCGCGAUAGUGUCAAGGAGACAUGGAGCGCUGAUGAACGGUACAUCAUUGCUUACAAGAGAUAUGCUGAGGACACCACAAACUCUGAGGUUGGGCAAGCUACACGAUCAGGCAAACGGCUUCCUUAG